GGCGGCAAUAAGAAGUACUUCGGGGUGGAUCUGACGAGCGGCGCGUUGCUGGUGAGUGAGCGGAUAGACCGGGAGGAGCUCUGCGGUGCGCUCUCUCCCUGCACCCUCAGCUUUGAGAUCGUGGUGGAAAACCCGCUGGAGCUGUACAGCGGCGCUGUGGAGAUCCAGGACAUCAAUGACAACGACCCGGUUUUUCCCAGCAGCCAGGCGAGGCUGGAAAUCAGCGAGUCGGUGGGGGGCGGAGGGCGCUUCCCGCUGCGAGACCCCGAUGUGGGGAUUAACUCUUUGCAAACCUACCAGCUCAGCGCCAACCCCCACUUUGUGCUCGACGUGCAGACGAGGGUGGAUGGCAGCAAGUACGCGGAGCUGGUGCUGGAGAAGGAGCUGGACAGGGAGGAGCAACGGGAGCUGCACUUGGUCUUGACUGCGCUGGAUGGAGGCAGCCCACCACGGUCAGCCCACGUGCAGAUCCACAUUGACGUUGUGGAUGCCAACGAUAACGCCCCGGUCUUCAACCAGUCCACCUACAAGGCCAGCGUGAGGGAGAACACGCCCAGUGGUGCCCUGGUCACCAGGAUCAGUGCAUACGAUCUGGAUGAUGGGCCUAAUGGAGACAUCGUCUAUUCCUUCAGCAGCCACACACCUGCCAAGGUACGAGAACUCUUUGCUCUGGACUCGGCCACAGGCGAGUUGAGGGUCAAGGGACAGCUGGACUAUGAGGAAACGAAGCUGUAUGAGAUUUACUUACAGGCUAAAGACAAGGGUGUUGCUCCUGGCGUGGCUCAUUGCAAAGUGCUGGUGGAAGUCGUGGAUGUGAAUGACAACAUUCCAGAGGUGACGGUGACUUCUGUGUACAGCCCUGUGCCUGAAGAUGCAACCCCAGGGACGGUCGUAGCUCUGCUGAGUGUAACGGACUUGGACUCCCAUGACAAUGGUCUGGUGAACUGCUUCAUUUCCCCUGGGAUCCCGUUCAUGCUCAGCUCCUCCCUCAAAAAUUACUACACAUUGAAAACAAAGGCAGCUCUGGACCGGGAAAAGGCAUCGGAGUAUAACAUCACUAUCACAGCCAGGGACUCGGGCUCGCCACCCUUGUCUGCGGUAAAACAGAUCCUGGUGCAGGUGUCAGAUGUCAAUGACAACGCGCCCAAGUCUUCCCAGGACUCCUAUGAUGUGUAUGUGCUGGAGAACAACAUGCCUGGCAUCCCCAUCCUUAAUGUGAGCGCCACAGACCCGGAUCUUGGGCGCAACGCCCAUCUCUCCUAUACCCUCUUGCAAGGUGACCCCACUGUAGGCCACCUCUUCUCCAUCAACCGGGAGAAUGGCACACUCUACCUGCUCACCUCCCUGGACCACGAGGACCAGGUGGAGUUCAGCAUGGUGGUGCAGGUCCAGGACGGUGGCUCACCGCCUCUGGCCACUAAUGUCUCAGUCAGUGUGUUUGUCACUGACCUCAAUGACAAUGCCCCAACCGUGCUGUACCCUUACCCCAACACCACUGCCACAUAUACCGAUGUGGUGGCUCCAGGCACUCCUGCUGGCCACAUAGUCACUAAGGUGGUGGCGGUGGAUGCAGAUGCAGGGUACAAUGCCUGGAUUUCCUAUACCCUGUUGCAGGCCACCGACUCCAGCCUCUUCUCAGUUGGGCUGCACAGCGGGGAGAUCUUCACGGCCCGUCAGCUCCGGGAGGAUGAUGCUCCCCAGCACACACUAGUCAUUCUGCUGAAAGACCAUGGGGAGCCUGUGCUGUCCACCAGUGCCACUGUCUCCAUCUCUGUGGCCGAGAUGGUCAAGGAGGUGCUCACUGACCUCACUGAUGUGGCACCCACCAAUGAUACCAGGAGGCACGUGACUUUCUAUCUCAUCUUGGCUGUGAUUUUAGUGUCAGCAGCUUUCUUCAUCACCAUGUUGUCAGUGGGAAUCUUCAAGUGCUACAAGUGGAGGCAGUCAAAGGAGCUGUUCAACAGCUCCAGGAGCACCCUGUACAGGACACCAGGGCCCUUCCACCAUAUUGACGCUGUGCGGGGUGGCUUCACGCCACCCAACUUCUACCAUCAGGUCUAUCUCACCACGGACUCUCGCCAGAGUGAUCUCCUGUGUAAAAAGCCCUUCACUUCCAGCCCUCUGGGGAGCCGCCAGAGCACCAUAAGGAAUGGUGAGCCAGGGCUGUACCACCAGAUCGUGGGCACUGCCAGCCGGCUCCCCACGCCUGCUGAGGUAAUGUAG